AUGACUCACAACAGAAAGGCAGAAAUAUUGAACAGGACAGCUGUGGUAGCUGAGUUCGUCCUUGUGGGAUUCACUGACAUCCGAUGGCUGCAGAUCCUCCUUUUCUGGCUUCUCCUUCUCACUUACCUUUUGACCAUCAUGGGAAAUCUUCUCAUCAUCUACAUCACUCUAGUUGAUCAUCGCCUCCAGACCCCCAUGUACUCUUUCCUCAGGAACUUCUCUCUCUUGGAAAUAGGAUUCACUUCUUCUGCCCUCCCUAAAGCUUUGUUUAACUUGGCCUCAGGCAACAACACCAUUUCUCUGGUUGGCUGUUUCACACAGGUCUUUUUCUAUUUCAUUCUGGGCACUGUUGAAUUCUUUAUUCUGGCCACAAUGUCCUUUGACCGGUAUGUCGCCAUCUGCAACCCCCUUCGUUACACAGCCAUUAUGAACAGCCACUUCUGCACUCGGUUAGUGGUAGGAUCUUGGAUUGUCAGCAUCCUUUAUCUCAUCAUGCCUCUUAUGCUGUUGUUUCGUUUGCCCUUCUGUGGUCCAAACAUCAUCAAUCACUUCUUUUGUGACAACAUGCCACUGGUCAAGCUUGCCUGCACUAAUACCCAAUUCCUGGAACUGCUGGAUUUUCUCUUGGCCACCUUUACUGUCCUGGGCACUUUAGCCAUCACAAUCAUUUCCUACAUUAAAAUCAUUGCUGCUGUCAUGCGCAUCCCUUCUAGAACAGGCAAGCAAAAGGCCUUUUCCACUUGUGCUUCUCACAUUGUGGUCGUUUUCAUCACAUAUGGGAGCUGCAUUUUCAUGUAUGUCAAGCCCACACAAAGUGGCGGGCUGGAGCUCAGCAAAACUGUAGGUGUUCUGAACAAUGUGGUCUCUCCUUUGCUCAACCCUUUCAUUUACAGCCUGAGAAACAGGCAGGUGAAAACAGCUCUGAAGGAUCAGGUUAAGAGGGUAAUUUUCAGCAUGAAACCCAAGGGGGUUUCCUACCAGUCCUGA